UCCGCGAGGUGGCUCUUUCCCUUCCCUUCUGUUCACGAUGACAGAGAAAAGAUACGUACCUGCUCCCCUGGGUGUGAUGGAAGGAGGAAGGAGGAAGGUGUGGACUCUCUGGGUUUGAAGGUGGGUCUAAAGGCUCCACCCAAGAAGCUGCAGAUGUUUCAGCUGAUGUCCACUCCUCUUGUCGUUGGAGACAGCAAUGGAACGUUGGGCGAAAGACUCAGGAACACCUUCAACGGUCACCCCAGCUCCCUCCGACCUCCUCACGCUUCUCUACCAUCUCCCAGUCAUCAUCGUCCUUUACACUUCACUGUGAUGGAAGGCUUGUCUCGCUUUGCCCAAUCUUGUCCAGAUUGCAGCGGAUAA